CUCCCCCGACACUCCCCAUUUAUUCUGUUGCGGGAGUCACAAGAACACUGGCCACCUCCUUAAGGGCCCCCAAUUUAGUAAGCAGUUGCAGCCGGGCCUAAUUAAUCAUGUACGGGCUUGGGGAGCCUGGGCUGCAGUCACUGUCAUGAGCUGUCCUGGUUAUCGUGCCUAAAACGAGAUCAGGCAUUAACGCGAAGAAGUGAAACGAAAGUGGAGAACCACGGACUCGCAUGUGAUUUUUUUAAAAAAAUCGUAACGCUUAAUCCAGCAUUCUUCCUUGGAUGAUGUUGAUGGGUUUGGGGCCCAUUUCCUGCGCUAUAAAUACCCAUUGAGGAGACAGGAGAUGAAUGACUUGCUGCCAUUCAGGAUCAAGUGGUUUUCGCUGUUCGCCAGGAAUACGUGCUUCUUGGUGAUCAACUUCUGGUCCUGCAGUCAGGUGACGAGGUUGCCAUUAUCCCACCUAUCAGCGGGGGCUAACUCCAGGCAAACACACUUAGGGUCUAGUGAUUUGUGGAUGACUUUCCCCUUCUGCUAGUACUCUCUGAGAAGGUGUAACACGCAUCCCCUGCAGUAGACAGCCAUGAUGCUGAUACUGAGGUAGAAGCCAUGAAUGAAAAUAAAGAUGAGUCCAAAGAUUUCAUCAAACUGAACUAUGAAAAACUCUCUACAGAUGAAGUGUCAGAGCUGGUGAUUUCUCCAUGCUGUGGGGCUGUGUCCCUGUUCAUAGGUACUACAAGGAAUAACUUUGAAGGGAAAAAGGUGAUUCACUUAGAAUAUGAAGCAUACUCACCAAUGGCAGAAGCUGAAAUAAAGAAAAUCUGUAGAGAUGUCAGACAGAAAUGGCCUUCAGUCAAACAUAUAGCAGUGCACCAUAGACUUGGUUUAGUUCCAGUAACAGAAGCAAGUGUGAUUGUAGCAGUCUCCUCUCCACACCGAGUGGCAUCUCUUGAGGCUGUGCACUACUGCAUCAACACUUUGAAAGCAACUGUUCCAAUUUGGAAAAAGGAGAUUUAUGAGGAGGAAUAUUCUUGGAAAGAAAACAAGGAAUGCUUUUGGGCAGAUGUGGAAAAAUAACUCCACCUCCAAAGUCACUCUACUGUGCAUGCAGAUCAGCCUUUAGUUGUAGAUACUUUACAGCAGUGGUGGGUAACCUGCGGCCCAUCAGGGUAAUCAGCUGGCAGGCUGCGAGACAGUGUUUACAUUGACCGUCCGCAGGUGGGAAGCGGGAAACAGUGGCC